AUUAUACCCCAUCCGCCGACGCCCUCGAGCCCUCCGCGCACCGUGAUACCAAGCAUCGACAUACCCGGACAUUGCGACACGACAGGUGCGUCUCGCGGCCGUCAGAAGUGCUUCGAGAUUCAUUCCAUGCGAUGCAGAAGCCCUGCAUGAGCCUCCAGAACCCCCAACGGAAUGACAUUAAGCGCAUCAUCAACGCCCUCAGCCGCCAGGCUGUCGAGCUGCAGUCCCAACGAACACUCCUCAUACGCGUCAUCCAGGACGAUCCGAGUUAUGUGGAGGAGAUCCUCCGCGUCCCCCAUGGUGUGCAGUACCUGCUCGAUUCCGACCCCGCGCGAUACCACCACACGGAGGCGGUUACGAACCUGAUCCACCGAGUUCAGCGUAUCGAGGCCUCGCUCGCACGCAUCAAGGAGAAGACGACAGAGCUCCUGUUACUCAUCCCACCAAUCGCAUCCCUCCCCGAGGAGAUUCUUGCGCUCAUCUUCCAGGCCGGCAGUCUUGCGGAACAUAAGAGCGGCCUCCCUUUUCCCAUGCUCAUUGCCUCCGUAUCGCGUACGUGGCGCAAGAUCGCUCUAAGCACGUCCACCCUAUGGACGAACGUGUACACCCCAUUGUACCGACCGCGACACUGGCUCCCGAUAGCGCUCGAGCGCUCUGCCACACAGCCGCUCGACAUCACUCUCGACUUCCGGACGGGUCUUGCUCCGAGCAGCGAGGCGGUGGUAGCGUGCAUGGCGGCAGUGUCCGCCCACAUGUAUCGCUGGCGGCGCUUCACGCUUAUCACGCACCACAGGAAUGUCGUGCUGUUGAUCGGCGAACUACUCGCGAGCGCUCAGUCGCUCUCUCUCCAGCACCUUCGCUUAUCCCUCACUGGCAGCGGCCCAGCCGGGAACCAGGAAGUAUCCAUUCCACGCCUGUUCGCCGGGGGUGCGCCUGAGCUACACUCCGUGCGGCUUGAUAGCGUUGUGCUUCCAUGGCGAAGUCCGCCGCUAGUCGGCCUGACUAUGUUGGACAUCCGGUGGUUGUGGUUUCGCAAGCUCAUGUACUCACAAUUUCAAGACCUCCUUGCCGCAUCGCCCAAUCUCACAACACUAACCCUCCGUGGAAAGCACAUUGAUCUACGCCCUGGCGGAUCAUACACCCCCAUAUAUCUACCUAACCUCCGUUAUCUGGAGGUAUCCGGCGACAAGGUCUGUCUUCUAUGUGCGCUGCUGGUACCACCCGCCCUCGAGACCUUGACGCUUGCGAAUGUCGACGAAGGCGAGUUUCGUGAAUUCAUGAGCUGGUUGCCGUACUCGGGUGCACGGUAUUCAGCUCUGAAGUCCCUUGUGCUUCUGAACGUAGCAACCUGCCCUCUAUCGCGGGAGUUUAUCGCCGCAUUCUCUACCAUCACGCAACUCACUAUCAUCAACUCUGGCGCAGAACGAUUUUUGGAACUGCUUCGCUCAAAACAAACUUUCGAUCCUCGCAUGCCAGUCACGCUGAACUGGCCGGGUUUGAAGAACGUCACCAUGCUGGACGAUACGAGUUAUGACAAGGUGUACGGGAUGGUCGCAGAACGCGCUGCUCAUUGCCUGCCCUUGCACCGUCUCAUCGUGCACACGGAAUUUAUCCACAGAUACCUCAUGACGCCGCUCGCGCAGUUCGUGAAAAUUGACAGCGUGACUUCCCUGGAUCGGGAGCCGUAGAUACUGCCCACACCUUAGUGUAAGCUGUUUUCUAUUUUCGUUCCUUCUCAAUCGCGGUGACGGUGCUUGCAUAAAGGUAAAUAUCCCAAUGCCGA